UUUGGACCAUUGAGAUCCCCCGAUCGAAAUUUUCAGUUUGUUAUUCAAGGAAAUAAGAAAAAAAAAAUGACAAAACUAUCGUUGGUUGUGUUUGUUUGGAUUUGGCACUGUGCUGUCUAUGGCCAGUUACCCCUAAAUAAUGUUGAUUACAAUCCCUACACUUCUACGUUCUUGAGUCAACCGACUAAACAAAUAAGAGCAGCUAGAGCAACUGGUCGAUUGGGAAGUCCACAGAACAUUAGGGAUGCUUUAAGUCUGAGUGCCAUUUCCUUACAACUAAAUAAACAAAUUGAAGCUACGACUGCCAGCUUAGCAAGUCAACUAAAAGAUACAAAUGACAAAUUAGAAAAAACUAGCGCAGAUUUAUCCAGUACGCAAAAACAGGUUUCUGAUUUGAUGGAGGCACUGACAAAAGCAAAUGAUGCAACGAAAGCUGCACAAGCAGAUCUAGACAAAACUAACAGCGCUCUUUCACAAUGGAGUGCAGCACUGAAAGCAAAAGCCUCAAAAGAACUAUAUGGCGCCGUUUCACAUUUUACUGCAGCAUUGGAUGAAAAAGCCUUUAAAGAAGAAAUGGAUCACGCCGUUGGACAAUUGACUACAGCAUUGGAUGAAAAAGUCUCAAAAGGAAAAUUCCAUGGCACUGUUGCACAAUUGACUGCAGCAUUGGACGCAAAAGCUUCAAAAGGGGAACUGGUUGGCACCGUUGCACAAUUGACAAAAGCAUUGGACGCAAAAGCUUCAAAAGGGGAACUGGUUGGCACCGUUGCACAAUUGACAAAAGCAUUGGACGCCAAAGCUUCAAAUGAAGAACUGGUUAGCGCCGAGGAACAGUUGAAUGCAGCAUUGGACACAAAAGCCUCAAAAGAAGAUCUGGAGGAAGCCGUCGAACAAUUGACUACAGCAUUGGAUGCGAAAGCCUUAAAAGAAGAACUGGAUAGCGCCGUCGCAAAAUUUACUACUAACGGGACUGCAGCAUUGAACACAAAAGCCUCAAAAUCAGACCUGGAAGCAACGAAUUUAGAAGUUUCAAAGUUGAAAGUGCUUACGAGUCCUAAUUCUAAUGGGUCAAUCCCCACCUCAUGUGAAGACCUCAAAACUUUCGGAUUCGUCAAAAGCGGAAUCUACUCCGUUAUGAUCAGCAAACAAGUCCAAAACGUCUACUGCGAUUUUUCUAAAUCAAACGAUGCAGGUUUGCAAAAAUGGAUUGGUAUCGUCGAUGUAAAAUCGGCACCUGUUUAUUUCCAAGCUCAACGGACAACUAGCUAUUCGACUGUCGGCAGCGUCGUUCCGUUUGAUUUAAUCAGACUCAAUGAUGGAAAGGCAUUGGACCCUUCCGGAGUAUUCGUCGCUCCUGCACCAGGAAAAUAUUUUUUCGGUUUUUCAGGUCUUAGUGAUAACGGUGCCCUCGCAAGAGUUGUGUUGGAGGUGAAAAAUGCAACAGUGGAUUGGUCCAGAGUUGGAGAAGGGUACGGUGACAAUAAGUUUAAGACUUUCGCUUUCCACGCUACAUUGGAACUCCUCAAAGGCGACCAAGUUAGACUAGUCUUGACAGAAGGAGCCAUUCACGAUAGCGAUCUACAUUUCUACACUAACUUUUUCGGUGUUUUUAUCGCGCAAAACGAAUUAACGGUUUAAUUCUUUUUUCUGUUCUGAAAAUUCCUAAUCUUGAGUAGUAAUUUCUGUCUUUACUGGACAUCAAUGUUUUUCAUAGCUGACACAACAUAGUAGCUCACAUUAAUUGGUUAAUGAAAACUUUUUCGGAAAUAUACGUGAGAGAAGAAUUAAAA